UGAAGAUGGCGGCCGAGAGGGAGCCUCCUCCGCUGGGGGACGCGAAGUCCACAGACUUUGAGGACCUGGAGGACGGAGAGGACCUGUUCACCAGCACUGUCUCCACCCUAGAGUCAAGUCCAUCAUCUCCAGAACCAGCCAGCCUUCCUGCAGAAGAUAUUAGUUCAAAUUCCAAUGGCCCAAAACCCACAGAAGUUGUGCUAGAUGAUGACAGAGAAGAUAUUUUUGCAGAAGCCACAGAAGAAGUUUCUUUGGACAGCCCAGAAAGGGAACCUAUCCGCUCCUCGGAACCUUCUCCUGCAGUCACACCUGUCACCCCAACUGCACUCAUUGCUCCUAGAAUUGAAUCAAAGAGUAUGUCUGCUCCUGUGAUCUUUGAUAGAUCCAGGGAGGAGGUAUGGGAAAAUGUUUGUAGUCUAAAUUAA